AUGUACGAAUUCCUGUAUUCACAAUUUUCAGAUAACCCUGAACAACUGAUCAGUCGCUUCACCACUCAGAAGCAUCUGACAGUGGGAGAUGAGUGGUCCUCUGAUUUACAGACUAGUGGAAGAACAGAGCUGAAGUACUCCUACCGAUUUAUUUGUGAUGAGCAUUACUACGGGGAGGGUUGUUCUGUUUUCUGCCGUCCACGAGAUGAUGCCUUUGGUCACUUCACCUGUGGGGACCGUGGAGAGAUCAUUUGCAACUCAGGAUGGAAAAGAACCUACUGCUCAGAACGUAAGUAGGCCGCAACCUCCUUACUUCUGCUUUGCCCAUACUAACUUUUGUUGUUCCGUUUUUCUUUUUCUUUUACAAAAGUAUUAAUGUGGUUAAUUUGCAGUCAUUAGUCAGAAUAAAUCAUGCGUUAUUACCAAAUAGUUUCACUUAUCAAAAAUGUGGGUUGCAACAGGCGUCUAGGCUACUGUUUAGGCAAAUUUAAGUUAGAGAAGUUUGCCGAAUAAUCACACGCGAGCCAUAGAUUAAAUGUAAUACCUGAUUGGCUACUUGGCAGUGUGCUUGCCGUUGAUUGGCUUAGUGCGGUGAGGUAUUGUUGGAAGCGGGCAGCUGCUGAGUGAGAGUAGACAAUAGACCAGCUGUCCUGCACUGGCACCAUGUAUACCAGCUGUCCUGCACUGGCACCAUGUACACCAGCUGUCCUGCACUGCUACCAUGUACACCAGCUAUCCUGUAGUGGCACCAUGUACAUCAGCUGUCCUGCACUGGCACCAUGUACACCAGCUGUCCUGCACUGGCACCAUGUACACCAGCUGUCCUGCACUGGCACCAUGUACACCAGCUGUCCUGCACUGGCACCAUGUACACCAGCUGUCCUGUACUGGCACCAUGUACACCAGCUGUCCUGCACUGGCACCAUGUACACCAGCUGUCCUGCACUGGCACCAUGUACACCAGCUGUCCUGCACUGGCACCAUGUACACCAGCUGUCCUGUACUGGCACCAUGUACACCAGCUGUCCUGCACUGGCACCAUGUACACCAGCUGUCCUGUACUGGCACCAUGUACACCAGCUGUCCUGUACUGGCACCAUGUACACCAGCUGUCCUGCACUGGCACCAUGUACACCAGCUGUCCUGUACUGGCACCAUGUACACCAGCUGUCCUGUACUGGCACCAUGUACACCAGCUGUCCUGUACUGGCACCAUGUACACCAGCUGUCCUGUACUGGCACCAUGUACACCAGCUGUCCACUCUUAUCUGCACAGACUCAGGGACAUUAAGGGGAGGGGCUGUAUGAGCAGAAAGAAAAAAGGAUUUCUGACCCAUAGUUAGGAGAAAAAGAAGCCUUUGUGUGGCAGCAACUGUGUUAAGCAGAAUGUUGGUCCCCCUGGUGACGAGGGGAGCAUAUUUUCUAGGUAACGGCUAAUGGGGCCACCAGCUCACUGAAAUGAAUGAACCAGUGUUCCAAUGAGUUAGAUUCCCAUGAUUCACUUGUGAUGGUCUAUCUCAUUGCAGCGAUCUGUCUUCCUGGUUGUGGCGAGGAGCAUGGGUUCUGUGACAAGCCUGGUGAAUGCAAGUAAGUCCCAAUGACCUGUCCAUCUUCUGUCUGGGUUAAACACCAGUCAACAGGAUCACCGUUUGGUAUAGUUUCAUAUAUGCCAGAUAUCUAACCAUGUUCAUUGUGUGGGGUUACAGGUGUAGAGUUGGCUUCAGUGGGCGUUACUGUGAUGACUGCAUCCGCUACCCAGGGUGUCUUCAUGGCACCUGCCAGCAGCCGUGGCAGUGUAGCUGCCUGGAGGGGUGGGGUGGCCUCUUCUGCAACCAAGGUGAGUUCUGUUUAUCUCCCAUAUGCAACUGACUCGUGCUCUUCUAUCCUUCUCCACCAGAUUCAGACUGUGCUGGUGUUGAGAUGACAUACAGUAUCCCCACUAUGUUCUCUAAGCCCCCAUACCAAUCAGGUUCAGAGAAUAGGACACAUCUUGGCCUUCAAACAAGUCAUAAAAACAUCCUGGAUAUCACUGUACAUUACGUUUCAGAAGACUAAUCCACAUGUGCCAUUGUCUGUUUCAGAUCUCAACUACUGCACACACCACAAGCCCUGCAUGAAUGGAGCCACUUGUACGAAUACUGGCCAGGGUAGCUACACCUGCUCCUGUAGGCCCGGCUUCACUGGGGCCAGCUGUGAGAUUGAGGUCAACGAAUGUUCCGACAACCCCUGCCGAAAUCGGGGAAGCUGCACUGUAAGUAUUCUUGUCUGAGCUGCCCCUCAUUAGUUACAUUAGAAAGAAUUUCUCAGUGAUGUAAUGUCACAUAGAGUGUGGUGCUGCUAUGCUCGAACUUGCAGGCAUUCCUCGAGGUGAAUGUAGCGUAACAAAUUAAUAACAAGUCAUUAGGGAGUUGUAACUUUUUCUUAGCAAGUGCUUUGUCUUUCCUCUGACAGGAUCAAGAAAACACAUACACAUGUGCCUGCCCCCCAGGCUUCUAUGGCAACAACUGUGAGCUCAGUGCCAUGACCUGUGCCGAUGGGCCUUGCUUUAACGGCGGACGCUGUGCUGACAACCCAGUGGGAGGAUACUACUGCCAGUGUCCUCUCAGCUAUGCCGGAUUCAACUGUGAGAAGAAGAUCGACCACUGCACCUCCAACCCAUGCUCCAAUGGUAAGCUGAAACAAAUAUCUCCAGUUCUGAGUUUAUCAGUUCAACCUUUCUAUUCAAAGUCUGAUGACAUUAAUGAAUACUGGAACAGACGGUUUAACAUGUAUUUUUAAUGUCUCCAGGUGCCCAGUGUAUGGACCUUGUGAACUCCUACACGUGCCAGUGCCCUGAGGGAUUCUCCGGAGCCAACUGCGAGGACAACAUUGACGAGUGCGCCAACUACCCCUGCCAGAACAGUGGCACAUGCUUGGAUGGCAUGAACGAUUACACCUGCACCUGCCCACCUGGAUACACUGGCAAGAACUGCAGCUCGCCAAUCAACCAAUGCGAGCACAAGCCCUGCCACAACGGAGCCACCUGCCAGGAGAGGAAUAACCGCUACGUGUGCGCUUGUGUGCCAGGCUACGGCGGCCAUAACUGCCAGUUCCUCCUGCCAGAGCACCCCCAGGGACAGCCCGGGGUGGAGGGAGCUGGUAAGAGAUACUCUGCUGAAGAGGACCAAGGCACAUUCCUCUGGACCGCAGUGUGUGCUGGGAUUAUCCUGGCGCUGCUGCUGCUGGCCUGUGCCGUGCUGGUGGUUUACAUCCGGGUCAAGGUGCAGCAGAGGAGCCAGCAGGGUGACCACCACAGUGAGAGUGAGACCAUGAACAACCUGGCCAACAACUGUCAACGGCCUGACAAGGACCUAGCUGUCAGCGUGAUCGGCACGACAGGGGUCAAGAACACCAAUAAGAAAGUGGACUUUCACUCGGACAAUGCUGGAGGAGAGAAGAAUGGCUACAAGUCCCGAUACUCGUCAACGGAUUAUAAUCUGGUGCAUGAGCUAAAGCCAGAAGAUUUGUUGAAAGAGGACCAAGAAAAGAGCGAAGCAAAGUGUUCCGAAUCAAAUUGUUCGGAAUCUCUUUGUUCCGACAUUGACUUUGAAGAGAAACACAGAAAACAUUUAAAGAGGUGAAUAUCUACACAUUUAGAUAUAAAUAAUGUGCCACAUAUGGGAGUAGUCAUGCUUGUGUCUGAAGAGUGAAUGUUGAUGUUAAUGUAUUUAUUUUUCUUGUGUUCUCAGUGACACCUCAGAAAAGAAACGUCCAGAGGAGUCGAUGUGCAACGAAGCAUCGAUUUGCAACGACACAAAGUACCAGUCAGUCUACGUCAUAUCAGACGAGAAAGAUGAAUGUAUCAUUGCAACUGAGGUGAGUUGA